AGACAAACCUUCGCGGCUCAGAGCCUGAGCUGCCGAGCAGGGGCGACCAGAGCACUUUGGCGGGGCUGGGGGCUGCCGGUCGGGGGCACGGCACGAGUGGCUGGAGCGAGGCGAGGGGUGGAAAAAGGAGGGGGCGGCGGGUGGACUAAUGAUGAAAAAGUCUCCUCCAUCCUGGCUCCUUAAUUAAAUGCAUGGAAAGAACCGAGGCGCGCACAUCUGGUUUCAAUCUACAGCCCUUUGAUGGCAUCAAAUGUUCUUUUCCCAGAUCAGGGCUGGAAGUUCUGGGCUAACUAUGGCCGUUUGGAGCACAGAAACCAUUUAUACACACUGGGACCCUUCCUUCUUUUCAAUUCAAUCUCAUAGCUACAGGAGAAGGGGAAAUCUAGCAAUCAGGGGAGCGAGGGGAAACGUAUGUAUGUGUGUGUUUAAAGAACAUAAAACGCCACAAAUAAGCACAUACUAUUUUACUUACUGGCCAUAUAGUAACUCAUUCCUAAUGAGACUAUUAAAGCUGUUACCAGAUUCCAACAGGUCAUGAAAACACCGUCCAGCACCGCUCUGCCCUCUGUCAAGCCUGGUCAUAGACUUCGACCUUCCUCAGUCUCUGUGUUUGCCAGGGCCUCACCGAACUGGAUACAGAUUAGCACAGAGCCCACCCCACCCCCAGCUCCUCCUGCUCCCCCCAACUUCUUCAGCCCCAGUGUUCCUGUCUGCUCUGAUCUGGGGCAGCCUCGGCUACGAGCAAGAAAUUAGAACAUUGGCAAAGGUAGGGGAAUUAUCAGGACGGACUUUCUUCUGGUUUAAUGAAUAUGUAAAUUUUCUACUGUCUGAAGCCUGGGGAUUUCUGGUGGCAGCGAAAGUCUCGAAUCCAUUCGAAGCUGAAGACUUCUGGAUCUGCCCAAGCCGUCUUUAGAUCGUAGAGAGCCUCCCGUUAUUAUCGCUCUUGUUAUUUUAUUACAUUAUUUAAUAGGCUGUCUCUACAGAGCCAAACGAGCUUUAAUAGGCUUGCUCUUUUUUGCCGUUCAGUCUCAGACUCUCCCUGCGCUCUCCGCCAAAACAAAGCUGCAGGAAAAGUUACUGGGGGGCGGUGCAGCCGCAGAUUUGACUGUUAUAGAUGUGCAUCUUUUCCCUGUUCCUUUUUCUUUUUUCUUUUCCUAACAAGUUUGCCCUCAGCUGUUAUCAAAACAUGCAAAUGAGAUAUUCCAAGAGGAUCUCAAACAAAUCCGGAGGAGUUAAUGCUGAAACAAAAUAAUCAGCCCCGUUUUAAAGUGACUGCGGGUUUCGGGCACUUUUCUCUCUGUGAUACUACUGCAAGGGAAUGAUAAUUAGACCUUUAUUUUAAAAAUCCAAAGGGGCUCUCUCCUUAGCUUCCCUCCCUUUUCCCUCCCUCCCUCCUUCCUCCCUCCCUCCUCCUCUCUUGCUCCCUCCCUCUCCCUUUCUCUCUGGCUCUGAUGUUGGCAAAGGGGUUUUCUUAAUCAGACUGUUUUUUCGGUCCGAGGAAAAGGAGGUAGGAGAUUGUGAUGGAGAAAGGGGGUCUGUAAAACGUCAGGCGCCGCACAAAGGCUUUGCCACGUAAUUACAGGCUCCUAUUAAGUGGAGAUCUGCCCUCCCAGGGGUCUCCAAUUUUCUUGUAUUCCCUACAAAGCCUCCUCUCCAUGCCAGCCUGUGCCUUUUGAAGUGCCAGAGAGCUUCUUGAUCCAACUGAGAAGGGAAAAGGAGCUCCGCACGGAGAAGGGGGAGAGAGCGGAGGGAAGGGGGACCGCCACCCUUCUGCAGACUCUUGAAGCCCCGCUUCUUUAUUUCUUAUUUUUUUUUCCUCCUUACGAAGAGUAAAGUGAGAAUCCUGCUCUCUAAUACAUCUGCAAGACAUCACUCUCCUGAAAUUCUAGUCACUCCCGAGAAUCCACAGGAGUGCAGAGAGGGGGAACGCGCUUUCUUGAAGACAUUUUAAAGCUGGAACAAGCCUUCUUCUGUUGGCGCUUGAACUCUUGCCGGGGGAAUAACUUUUUUUAACCUCUUUCUCUAAUUUUUUUAAAGCCACUUUGAUUCUUCUCUCCACCCCUUCUUCUCUCUUCUGUUUGCCUAACUCCCCCGCCCCGCUGGCCUCCCCUUUCCUCGCUCCCCCUUAUUAUUAUUUUUAGUGUCUGCGAGUGGACGCUUUUUAAGAGUUGAAAGGGAUAUUUUUUUUCUUUUUGAUCUAAGCAUAGGUUGUUUGUUUUGUUUUUAUUUUUGAACUUUUUGGUGUGGAUUAUCUCUCUGGACCGCGCUGGACUUGGCUUUAGCGAAGUAACCGAGGCUGCAGGGAAAGUUACUUGUCCCGAAAGUUCUACACUUCAGAAGGGGUCCCACCCUCUGUUUCUCUCUCUCUCUCUCUCUCUCUCUCUCUCUCUCUCUCUCUCUCCACUCCCCCCUCUUUCUUCCCCACUCGGCUCCUCUCCCCCCUCACGCCCACAGCGUUUGGUGUUGAUUCGAGCGGGAAGAGGGGGGUGGGUGGGAUUGGAGGGGAGACCAUGACCUCCAGCUACGGGCACGUUCUGGAGCGGCAACCGGCGCUGGGCGGCCGCUUGGACAGCCCGGGCAACCUCGACACCCUGCAGGCGAAAAAGAACUUCUCCGUCAGUCACCUGCUAGACCUGGAGGAGGCCGGGGACAUGGUGGCGGCACAAGCAGACGAAAGUGUGGGCGAGGCGGGCCGGAGCCUGCUGGAGUCACCGGGACUGACCAGUGGCAGCGACACCCCUCAGCAGGACAAUGACCAGUUGAACUCUGAGGAGAAGAAGAAGAGAAAGCAGCGGAGAAACAGGACAACAUUCAACAGCAGCCAACUGCAGGCCUUGGAGCGUGUCUUUGAGCGGACACAUUACCCGGAUGCUUUUGUUCGAGAAGAUCUCGCACGUCGGGUGAACCUCACUGAGGCCAGAGUGCAGGUGUGGUUUCAGAACCGAAGAGCCAAGUUCCGCAGGAAUGAGCGAGCCAUGCUGGCCAAUAAAAACGCUUCUCUCCUCAAGUCCUACUCAGGAGACGUGACUGCUGUGGAGCAACCCAUCGUACCUCGUCCUGCUCCCAGACCAACCGAUUAUCUCUCCUGGGGGACAGCCUCUCCGUACAGAUCUUCGUCCCUCCCAAGAUGUUGUUUACACGAGGGGCUUCAUAACGGAUUCUAACGGAAGACACUGAAAAGAAUCCAGAAAACAGUGAAGCAGAGCCUGUGAGAGGCAGUCCUGAGGGGGUGGAAACCUGGAUUCUAAGGACCAUGCCCAUGCUUCUCAGGCUGCCACAAUCAUGAGGAUGCUUUAAGCUGCUUGUCAUCCACAAUCACGAUGAUGCCUUAAGCUGCUUGUCAUCAUUUAUUCGAAAAGGCUGAACAAAAAAUAGCAUUAAAGAUUGAGUCAGGCACUACGUUUUUCUCCCCAGUUGUUUUGUGAUUUACAGGACUGACCCUAUGGGUGAUUAGAAAGCAAACCAUUGAGAGUAUUUGCUGUACUUCCUUGGUAUUGGCGAUCUUUCAGAGAAAGUUGAAUUGGUCUUAAAUGACUUGUCUCCGGAGGAAACAAUCAUCUAAUCCUGCUGGUAGGGUUAGCACUCUGCUGGGUUGCAUCUGCUUGGAAUCUCCAAAUAAGGAAGAGGGAGAACUUCAUGCUUCCAGAAACGUGUCAGCUCUGCGAAGUCCCACUGCAGACUUGAUGAGUCAGCAGAUGGAAGACAAGCCUUUCGUUCACAUCCCUAAUGUGUCCAUAUGCUUUGUUUGGCAAUGCAGCUUCUUGGUUACAAAGACCUUUGUUAAAAAUUCAAUAGAAAUGGUACAUUAGCCAAUCUUUUAAACCUCAGUCCCAGGACUCAGCUCAGAUGAGUUCCUGCAUACAGGACUUGGAUGUCUGUCUGUUCACCGGGCUCUUGGUGGUUGUCCUGUGUUUAGCUAAUACACUUCACUAAGUACCUCUCUCUCUCUCUCUCUCUCUCUCUCUCUCUCUCUCUCUCUCUCUCUCUCUGUCUGUCUCUACUCUAGGAAGUUUCCUCUCACCCUCAACUCUAGGAAGUUUCAUUCUGUGAAGCAACAAAUAGUAAUUUUACAUUGACUGAAUUGGCCCAUGAAUUGGUUGAAAUCAAUUAGUUACCUUUGUGGAUGUCCUUCUGGUGGGAAGAGAUUUUAGGAUUCUUUUGUUUCCUAAAGCAGAAGUUUCCAUGACCUAGAAAACAGGUGGUCAUGAACAGUCUCUUGGAUUGGCAGUCGUCCAAAGCUCUCCUGCAUCUGUUGUCACUUAAGCAAGCAAGUCUUCCAUAUCCCAAUGCCAUGUUUAAAGCAUGACUAAGCAACUCUUUAGACACCCAGUUAGUUACCCAGUAACACACCAGUAGUUAAUUCUCUCUUUUCUGACUGGUAAUGAGUCUUGUUUGUCAUGGGUAUGUCAAAAAGCUGCUGCUGGCUUGCCUAUAUUGCACAUUUAGCUUGAGCUGUAAAGGUAGACCCAUGCCAAACACCUGGAAGGAGGUAUAUAAAAUGUCACUGAAAGUCUGACUUAUGGGGCCAUCUUAAAUAUUUAUUAAGAGGUAGAGAAUAGAGAUGAUGUCAGUUCUUUGUAACCUACAUAUUCAGCUACCGAAUGCUAUAAUACAUUAACACAAUGGUUGGAUGUUCAUGACUUCCUUAAGCAUCUAUAAAGUGAAAGGGGUAUUGCUUACCAAACCUCCCAUGGAAGUGCAAACUUCACUUGUUAAUGUAAACUGCUCUCCUAACUUCUGGCUUCAUAACUUGAGGGACUCCAUAUAACAUUGCCACCAAAUCACUGCUAGAAUGUUGCGGUCAUCUCAGGAGUGCCACAGAAUGUGGAAAGACACUGUUCUCUGCCAUGCUUGUGCAGCCUGCCACUUGAAUGCCUUGGUAAAUAUCCAAUCUUCUCUGCAAGUACUACCCUAAUUCUCAUUCAUUUGGUUUUGAGUGAGAAAAUUGAUCAAUCCUUCUGACUAUUCUGUCAACCUACUUAGACAGAAACACAGUAUUUCUAAGAGAUGUGUUACCAUAGUAACUACCCCAGCUACAGCAUCAGACAAGAUAGAUAGGAGACUAUGAAGUAAUUAUAGCCAAAAUGAUGUACAGACAAAAUGAUGUAUAGACAGAAUUGAUAUCGAUACUGUAGUAGACAAUUUGGAAAGAUAGUAACAACUUCAGAAAAUGAACACAUGCUCCCCAAAGUUCAAAUCCCUCCUUCCAGUGAGGAAAUGGAAGACUUUCAGUUAUCAAAGAAAAGGUGGGUUUCUGUUAAGUAAGAGCCUGCUGCCCAGAAUCUCAAAGAAUGAGGACGCUCUCUUAGAAACCCGGGCCAAGUAAACACAAACUUACUCCAUAACAAGCUAUAGUUUACCACUGCCAUUUUUUUCUUCUCUCAUGAUAUUUAAUAGCCUUGUAUAUUCAAAGGUCACUUAAAUUUCUUCCCAGUAUUUAACAAAUAAUACAGACAUGUUCUAAUGCCAACUUUUGCACCAUUUGUUUAAAAUGCUAAUAGCCGUGGACCAUAUUUAGAACCUGAUAUUCUCACAGAGACUUGGUUUAGAAAGGCUAAUUUUAUUUUAUAAUAAUCUGUGACUUUGGCACAUUCUCCAAAUCUGGUUCUCUCUUUUAUUAGCCACUAAAUUUUUGAAUGUUUGGUAUAUCCUGGGAAGAUGUGAACUGUAAAUUUGAGGUUUGCAUUUAUUUCCUGUAGGAUACUAGAUAGAAGCACAUUGUUCAUCUAGAAAGUAAAUGCUAUCUAUCUGGCUUUUGUCUGGUCUUAGUGGACUGUUCUUUCCAUUCACUCAUAAUUCAAGCCUGCCUCAACCGAGGACUCUUCUGCCUCGUGGAUGAAUGGUGAUAAAAACAAUGUUUGUUCUAUUAAGCUUUAAUGUAUUAAUGCAUUUUUAACUGUGAAAAGAUGUUUUAUCGAUCCAAGAAUAUGCAAUGAUGAUGCUCUUGUAUUCCACAGCCUUCUGGCUUUGUUUCUUCCACUAAGAUAAUUAAUUUUACAGAAAGCACUAGUUCUCAAGAAUAAAUGAAUUAUUUUUUCGAAAUCACUACAGUAGGGUUAUAGACAUCAGAGGCACUGAACAGAGGUCAGUUUAAUAAUUCUAUAUCUGGCUAUGACUAUUUACUUACCAAAUGGUUUAUUGAAAGCCAAAUGUGUGGCUGGAUGAAGUGUCAGCUCACCUGAAGAUAUAGUGGAGAAGAAAGAAAAUGUGGUGACCCCUUGCAGCUAGUAGGGGACAGUGACAGCUACUGAACAAGUCAGAAAUUAAAAGUGAAAGAAGUGAGUAAGGCAAAAAUGGAAGAUGCUGCAGGUGAACCUUGUCUGGGAGAGGGAGGCUUAAGACCGGCUACUCAGAAAUCCAGCUACUCAGAAAUGAUCAAUAAGAAUAACAGCUAGAACAAGUAAAAUAAAUGUACAAAUCUUUGUAAUCCUGAGUGUUUCUCCUUCUGCUGCUGUGAUGUAGACUUCAUCCUCCCAAUCACUUAUACACAUGUAAUAAAGGUUUUCAAGGAUUUGUUUUGUAGAAGGACUAAGA